AUGCUUUCUCGUACAUUCCGUAUUGCUAGACAAUCCAAUAGAUUCUUGUCUUCCACCAGAAUCUUGGCCAGCAAGCCAGCCCCAGCAAAUGUCAAGACCGCUACCAACUUGGCUGAAGUUACCGGUCCAGACUCCUCUUUGAUUGGUCCAGGUGCCACCCCAGGUACCAUACCUACCGACAUGGACCAAGCCACCGGUUUGGAAAGAUUCGAAAUCUUGGGUAAGAGAGAAGGUGUCGAUGUUUUCGACUUGGAAGACCCAAUCACCGAAGGUUCCGGUACCCCACAAGACCCAUACUUGGUCCCAACUUACAUUGGAUACCGUUACGUUGGAUGUAAGGGUAAGGGUGGCGAAGAACACAAGCCAUACUGGAUGAAGGUCGAAGACGGCAAGUUGGCUAGAUGCUGGCAAUGUGGUACCUCCCUCACCGCCAAAUACUUGGGAGAACCAGGCCAUGCCCACCAUUAA